AUGAUCAAGUGGGAGGAGAGCCUGGGGUCUCCGGCGGCGGGCACGGUGACGGUGGACGCGAUACGUCCACACUUAAGUCGCUGGGUCCAAAGGCGGCACGGGGUGCUGACCUUCCGCCUGACGCAGGUACUUACCGGGCAUGGUUGCUUUGGUAAGUACCUGCACCAGAUCGCGAGGAGGGAAGCCACCCCUGCCUGUCACGAGUGCGGUGCUCCGAUUGACACGGCGCGCCACACGCUAGAAGAGUGCGCCGCCUGGGACCCUCAGCGGAGGGCCCUCGUGGCGGUCAUCGGCGGAGACCUCGCGCUGUCGAGCGUGGUCCGCUCCAUGCUCGGCACCGGAAAGAGGCUAGUUGAAGUAGAAAAUUGGUUGGAGGCAGAGAGAUUGCGAUUUGAUACAAUUUUCCUCUGCCUCCGUACCAAUGAAGAUAAUGAUGAGGGAUGUUGA